AUGCAGCUCAGUAGUGGUGUGGUUAUGUGGUCUAAAAAAGUCCAUUCGGAGCCUACUGGCUCGCAAGGCUACGACCCAAGACGCACCCUACGACAUUUAACUGUGGGCAUAAUAGCUAGCAUUCCAUCCUACGAAUGGUUUAUGUUCCUCCAUCGCCAUUUCAACUUCACGUCGAAGAUUGCAUCACUUAUCACCAAGGUCAUUGUCCAACAAGCGGUCUAUACGCCUGUCUUCAACGCCUACUUUUUCACUAUGCAAUCACUACUUUCCGGAGCCUCGCUAGGGGAAACUCUAGUGCGACUGCAACUUGCACUGCCUACGAGCAUCGUCGAUAGUGUUAAGGUGUGGUCUGGGGUUGCUUUUGUCAGCUUUCUGUGGGUUCCACCUCAGUUCCGCAGUGUGUUCUCUGGGUGCGUGGCCGUAGGCUGGCAGACUUAUCUGAGCUGGAUGAACCAGAAUGUGGCGAGUGUGGCGCACCAAACAGCCGAGAUUCACGGCAAGAUUGAGACAUAG